AUGCAAGUGGUUGUGACGCUCUAUCACGCCCUGCGGGAAAUCUGGACGCUGUCUUUCCUGAGGUUGCUCCUCUCCGAAUAUGUGGGCACCACUGUCUUUGUCUUUGCCAGCCUGGCCUCCACUCUCCUGUGGCCUCAGCCUCCUGAUCUGUCUGGAGGUGCCCCUGUGGGCCCACAUCAUCCUCUCCUCCCUGUGCCCGCAGGCUCCCCGGAUCCUGUACACGUCUCGCUGACCUUUGGCAUUUCCGUGGCACUGAUGAUGGCGUGCCUGGGCACAGCAGGAGCUGUUCAUUUGAACCCUGCCGUGACUCUGUCUCUCCUAGCCGGCCUGAGGAUGAGCCUGGCAUCAGCUCUUCUCUACAUGAUCGCCCAGGUCCUGGGAGCUAUCACCGCCUCGGGGUUCAUCCGGAGCGUCACGCCACCCGAGGUCCGUGGAGACCUUGGCCUCAAUGUGAUAUUAAUUUGGCUUGCCAUAGUAACAAGGAGGAGGAGGGAAAGAAAGAGAGAGAAAGAAAAAGACAAUAUUGUGCCUCAGGUCACCCCGGGAGUUAGCGAAUUCCAAGCUGUGUGUGUGGAGAUGAUGGUCACCUUCCAGCUCGUUCUCUGUGUCUUCGCCACUUCAGACCAGAAGGCAGGACUGAGUAAAAUGGCGCCUGUCAUUGUUGGUUCCUCGGUCACCCUGGGGCAUCUUGUGGCUAUUGGUUUCACGGGCUGCAGUAUGAACCCUGCCCGGUCCCUUGGUCCUGCCAUCAUCGCAGCCAACUUCGAAAGCCACUGGGUCUUCUGGGUGGGUCCAUUCACAGGGGCGCUCCUUGCCACCAUGACAUACGACUUACUGCUGGUGCCAAGAUGGAACAGCAUAGGGGACUGGCUGGCAGGAGUGCGAAGUGCCCUCGUUGGAGAUGGCGGCUUGAAGCUAAAUGGCACGUCUGAUGAAGAGGAUGGCCGUGCCACUUAAGAGGACCGACAAUUUCUUGUAUAGUCGUCAUGUUAGUGUCCAAAGUGUGCCAAUUACUAUCAAAAGAAAGCAGACUGAUGAAAUAUGGUGAUG